UCUAAAGAUAAUUGUGAAAAGGAAAAAGUGUUCAGAGAAAAAAAUGGUGGUGCAUUUAUAAGCACCAAAUGUGAGAGAAAACGAAAAGGGGGAAACAAGGAUUGUCCUCUCUAAACCCAUCAAACUCUCCUAACCGUCUCCGCCGCCGCCGGCAAUAAGCGGCAUCAAGCUAUCUCUAAUUAGAGCUGUCCAUCAAGUUCUCGUAGGAGGCCUCCACAACAAGAAUCCAAUGGCGCGCCCGCCAUACGAAUACGAUCCUUAUUACCUUCAACCUGACCAAGACCGCAACUUGAUCAACACGCUCUUCGUUUCGGGGCUCCCGGAUGACGUCAAGGCGCGCGAGAUUCACAACCUCUUUCGGAGACGUGCCGGCUUCGACUCUUGCCAGCUCAAGUACACUGGCCGUGGCAACCAGGUUGUUGCAUUUGCUACCUUUCUCAAUCAUCAAUCUGCAAUUGCAGCAAUGCAUGCAUUAAACGGUGUAAAGUUUGAUCCUCAAGCGGGAUCUGUUCUGCAUAUUGAACUAGCAAGAUCAAACUCGAGGAGAAAACGGAAACCAGGUAGUGGUCCUUAUGUUGUUAUUGAUAGAAGAACUAACACCUCAGCUAAUACCCAAGAAACAUCAAGUGAUGACGGAGGCACUGACACUGAAGAACAAUCUGGGGCUGGCAAUGCUGAUUCUUCAAACAAGGCUGAUUUGAAAACUGUAAAGAGUGAGACAGCAGUGGAUCCAGAAAAUGCUGUAGCAGCUGCAAAUGAGCAGUUAGAAACGACUGUUGAUGAAGGUGUUCAACCAUGCUCUACUUUGUUUAUAGCAAAUCUAGGUCCAAAUUGCACUGAAGAUGAACUAAAGCAAGUUCUAUCUCAGUAUCCUGGAUUCAAUAUGCUAAAGAUUCGGGCUAAAGGUGGAAUGCCAGUUGCAUUUGCUGAUUUUCAGCAAAUAGAACAAGCUACAAAAGUGAUGAUGGACCUCCAGAGCAGCCUGUUACCUUCAUCAGACAGAGGCGGCAUGCACAUAGAAUAUGCAAGGUCCAAGAUGAGGAAGCCCUAGGAAGAAGGGAAUGAGCUGGCAAUUAUAAAAAAUGGCCCGGCAGGGCACCAUCCCAGUUGUACUGUAAAAGCAUUGUCUCCUGUCCCUAUUUGAAGGGUGAGUUCAAUUAUCCAACAUUGUAAAGGCGACGCAAAUUCAUAUUUCAUUCCAACUUAUUAUUCCCACCCUCUUCGCUAAUUCUUUUCUCAUAAUUUUCUCACAUUCCAAUCUUAUUCACCUAAAUCAUGUUGAGCACCCUGGCAACAAUGCAGAUUUCAUGGCAUUUACGGAAUGGAUACACACUUGACCAUUUUUUCCAAUCUAUAUAUCAAUGACCUGUUUCUGCUGGCAAUUCACAUUAGAUGGUUAAACAUAUUCUUACAUGUGAAAAGCAGCCUAAUCAACAGUUCCGGAUUACCAUAGAUUUUGGAAGUAUUAAUGUCGAUCUCUAAACCAUAGUGAAAUUAUCAAUGUGAUAUUUGGAUU